GCAGAACAGACAAGUCCCACACGGCAGCUUGGUGCAGACCUAGCGGACACCAUGAGGACCCUCGCUCUACUCACUCUGCUCGCCCUGACUGCGUUCUGUCUCUCCGACCUAGCAGAUGCAAAGCCCAGCGGCCCUGAGUCUGACAAAGCCUUUAUGUCCAAGCAGGAGGGCAGUAAGGUAGUGAACAGACUCCGGCGCAACCUUGGAGCCUCAGUCCCCAGCCCAGAUCCCCUGGAGCCCACCAGGGAGCUGUGUGAGCUCGACCCCACUUGUGACGAGCUAGCGGAACAAAUUGGCUUGGGGCCCGCCUACAAGCGCAUCUACGGUGUCACUAUUUAGGACCUGUGUUGCCCUAAAGCCAAACUCUGGCAGCCUCAGCUUUGGCUACUCUCCAGGACUCAAACACCCCCCCCCCCCGUCCCCGCUCUCUGCCCUGCAAGUAUGGAUGGCACAGCCGCUCCAAAAUAAAGUCCAGAUGAGGAA